AUGGCUUCCGGACACAACUCAGCGUUUUCCGCGUCCACCCAACACCGCGUUUUGGGUGAUGGACGCUCUUCAUUCAGCCAGGACGGUGGCUCGAUAGACGGGAGCUGGAACGAUACAGUCCCCAGAUCAGGGCGUAAUGGACGAUCCGGAUCUGGAGGGAGCGCAACCACGGGUGGACGAGGAGCGUCGCUGGCCCCGUCACUUGGCGGGCCAGGUAGCUUCAGUGCGGAGCUCAAGAGCAUGAAUUCACGGAACAUCACACCCCGCCCCGACGGUACCUACAUGAGACGAGCGAGCCGAUCCAUUGGUGAAGAAGACCUCAAUACGACCGAAGAACGACAAGCGUUGAUUCGAGACAAAAUUGCGAAGGAGAUGAAGAUCAAGACUGGAACAGAAAACAUGUUGGAGGCACUGCUGGCAAAGCCUCCAAAGCAGACGAAAGAACAACGUAUUCGAGUGGAAUUGGAAUUGAGUACUUCCAAUCGCAAGCUAGUUCAGCUGCAAAAUGAGCUGGAAGAGGAGCUGCUUCGUGCGCAGGCGCCAUCUACAACACCCCCUCGCAGUCGAAUUUCAAGUCUGUUCCGAAGCAGUCCUAUGCGUUCACCCUCGCGUAACAACAAAUUUCCAGAUCCCGUCGAUGAGGAACAACAGGAACAUCAGGAGGAGGGAGACGUGGAGUCGCCGACAUAUGUUCUCACCGAAACACUCCAGGCCUUGGAGAUCGAGGGCAUGUCCCCCGAUUUCUACGUCGAGCACGCCAACAAUUUAGUUGAACUUUUCAAACGGCAUCCUACUCUAAAAUAUGAUCUUGCAUGGCCCGUGUUUGGUCUGCGCGUCCAAGUGAUGCUUCUCAGCGAUAGCAAAGAAGUGGUGGCUGCUGGUUAUCGGCUCACACGUUACGCUAUAGCCGAUCGAAAAUCCCUCCAAACAAUUCGAGCAUUACAUACUGAUGAGCUCGUCAUCCUGUCUCUUGUCAAGGAGAGCAAAGCCAGCAUUGAAAGGGAGCAAGCUCUCAAGUUCGUGAGAGCUUUCCUCGAUGUCAAGGACGGCGUCAAGGAGAUAUCUCGUGCUAUUGUGCGUACGAUCGUCUCUAUCGCCGAACAUCAUGAGGACCGUCUACGAAACAUUUCUAUUAUGACCCUUGCGGAGAUGCUCGUUAAAGAUCCUGAGCUCGUUGCUUCAGCAGGCGGAUUUUCUGCGUUGCAUGACGCUCUAUCCGAAGGCACGUUUGGCGCUUCGGAGAGUCUGAUCUCGAGCUUCUUACAUGUUCUGGACACGCCACGUAGUCGGAAGUACUUGCAAGGGUGUGAAUUAGAAGCCGUUCUAGCUCCGUUUACCGACUCGUUGGCUGAUUCUCUUCGCCAUGGUCGGUUAAAGUCCGCAGCGCGGGCUGUCUCUGCAAUGCUCAAAACGUGGCCUGGCCUGGUAAUCCUGGCAAGAAACGGAGCGCAACCGCUCAAGUCGCUUCUUGAGUCACUCCACUACCCUGAUCCCCAAGCUCGAGAUCUCCUGAUGGAGCUAUUAUUCGAUGCUUUGCGGAUAAAACCUCCUUCUUGGUCAUCUUCAUUUCUUGCGGGUAGAAGACUCACGACGUAUGGGAGAGUCUCAAACCUGCGCGCCGACACAGAAUCGAAACAUGCCCGCGGGUUCUCCGAGGCCAGUAAUAACAGGGUUGAUCUCACAGCACACUUCUCGACUCUCAUUCUGGCAGCUUUGAUCACGGCUGGGCUCCCAAAGGCCCUGUCACAUCUCAUUGAAGAUGAGACUGAUCCUUCGCUUCGACGAAAAGCCACUCUUCUUUUGACCGAGGUACUCAAACUUGCCCAUCACUCACUGCCAUCAAGCGUCAGUGCCAAGCUUCAGGUCCUUCCGCAUCUUCUCCCUCCCGCAAUUCAAUAUGAUUUUGAAAAUCACGACGUCUCUACUUCGACCAUCUUCCAAAUUGAAAGCAUCAACCGAACGCUGGCACGCUCUGGAGCCCUCUCGAAUAGUCCAGGUCGCUAUAUGGAUGCCGAAAUUUCACUCUCUCUGCUGCCUGGUGAACAAGGCAAAGACAAGUUAAGCCCAUCGAUGGAUGAGCAAACAUUCCGCAACGCAAUUUUGGAGACUCAUGUGUUGAACACUGUCAACUUCCUCAAAUGGAAGUGGGACCUUAUUCAUCGUCUCGUCGAGGGUCCUCUCACAAACCCCAAACGCAUGGACGAGGCCAUCAAAGGUUCCAAGUUCAUGAAGCGUCUUAUUGGAUUCUACCGGCCCUUCAAGUAUCGAUUCUCGAUGAUCUCAGUUUCAAAGGCAAACCAGCGUUAUGUGCGAACUGGUUGUGCGUUAAUGCGGACCCUGGUUCAGACCCCCAAGGGUACCAAGUACCUGGCCGAGAACAAGUUCUUGCGUCAAGUAGCAGAGUGCCUGGCCCAACUUGACCGCAUGAGCGGACUGACAUCUACCUCACCGCUCUUCUCGCGUGAGCAAAUGGCCAACACGUUGAGUGGAGGAUAUUUCGCGAUGCUUGGAACACUGAGUGCUGAUGCGAACGGGCUUCUCAUGAUGGAGAGAUGGCAUAUGCUGAACAUGUUCUACCAUAUUAUUGAGCUUCAAGACCGGAACGAUCUUAUCCAAACGCUUCUUGGCAACAUGGACUACAGUCGCGAAAGUCACCUGCGAGUCAUGCUUUCCAAGGCGCUUACGAUUGGCUCCAAGGAGAUUCGAAUAUUUGCCACCAAGCUGCUACGAAAAUACGCCGUGGGGGACGUUUCCAGCAGCCCACAUGUUGCUCUUGCCAACGCGGAAUGGGUCGUAAAGCUCCUCGUCACUCAACUUUAUGACCCGGAUGUCACAGUUUGUCAGAUCGCCGUGAAGAUCCUCGAAGAGGCAUGUAACCAGCGUGAUUACCUGGAGUUUGUGGUCAAAUGUAGACCCUCCUUGGAUCACCUCGGAGAGAUCGGUGCACCGCUUCUCCUGCGUUUUCUGUCAACAUCCGUCGGCUACCAUUAUUUGGAUGGUCUUGACUAUAUUACACAGGAGAUGGACGAUUGGUUCCUCGGCCGGAAUGAUUCCUAUGUCGCCCUUGUCGAAGCAGCUCUGUCUAGAGCCUACGUUGAUCAGCCACGACGUAACAGCUUUGCACCCGAAGACUUAGUGGAUAUGCAGGACGGCUGUAAACUACUGGAGCAGUCCGGGCAUUUCAAUGAAUUUGCGUGGACCAUUCGGGACUUCCGGCUGGAGGAGGAAGACACCGAGGUGCUUCUUAAAGUCAAGGGAUGUCUCUGGGCUGUGGGCAAUGUUGGAUCCAUGGAGCUCGGUGCGCCCUUCCUGGAAGCAGAAAUUGUGCAGCGAAUCGUGGAGAUUGCGGAGAGUGCUGGUGUUCUCACCAUGCGAGGCACUGCUUUCUUCGUCCUGGGUUUGAUAUCUCGUAGCAUGCAUGGGCUAGAGGCGAUGCGGCAGCUGGGAUGGGACUCUGCUAUCGACUCCGAUGGAGACUCACUGGGUCUUUGUCUUCCAACUGACUUCCGCACUCUGUUCCUUAUCUUCUUCACUGGUUACAAUUCAGAGGCCAAACGGACACCACAGGACAGACUCAAGGAGGCUACCACUGACUCGGAUCAGACCAAUCAGAAGAUCUUGAAACUAAUUGUGGACAUGGGGAACACUGUACUAUCCAAGCGAUCAGCGGCAGACCUGCACAGCAUCAAAUCUAAGCAGCCAGAAAAAUUCCUCCAAGUACAUCUGUUCCGCAAGGCCCUCUGCAUUCUCGAGAGCCAUCAUUUCCGGCUGCCAGCGCGGCGCUUUGCCCUUGACCUUUUCGACAAGAGCGUCAUGCGGCGAAUCGUUCUCGAGGAUGACUCCGAUAGCUCGGACUCCGACUCCUCUUCUUAA